AGUUCGACCACUCUUUUUCAUAGACUCAGUUGAGCUUCUGUGAGCUCUAGCGUUUAGCUAGCUAGUCCCAUCUUUUCGACAAUCCAGGGCGCAACAGGUUUCUAGCUAACGUUAACUAGCUAGUCAGCUGGUUAAUGAUUGCUAACUUCUAUCAACAUUGUUUGAUCAGCUACAUGUAGAAGACAUCACCGCUAAAUUACAUAUCCACAACUUCACAAGCAUACAGGGAGAACAACUAAACACAGGAAGUCCUGUUGACAUCACCUCCUAUCUGCGGCGGCUAUGUCGUGCCGGGACAUCCACGCCACCAAUGCCUUCUCCUUCAUCAUCGCCUUCAUCUCCGUGGGCGGCAUCGCUGUGGCGGCGCUGAUACCACAGUGGCGAGUGACACGACUUGUCACCUUCAACAAAAACGCCAAGAACAUCAGUGUCUAUGAUGGCCUGUGGGCCAAGUGUGUGAAACAAGAUGGCUACUCUGGCUGCUACUACUACGACUCAGAGUGGUAUUCUAAAGUGGACCAGUUGGACCUGCGACUGCUCCAGUUCUGCCUGCCGACUGGGCUACUGUUUGGCUCCCUGGCCCUGGUGCUGUGUAUGGCAGGCAUGUCUAAGACAUGCUGCUGCUCUGAUAAGGCUGAGACAGACAUCAAGAGUACCCGUUGUCUGGUCAACAGCGCAGGCUGCCACCUAGUGGCCGGGAUGUUCCUGUUCCUGGGCGGUGCUAUCGCCCUGGCGCCCUCCGUGUGGUUCCUGUUCCGGACCAAAGAGAUGAACAUCAAGUAUGACCGCAUCUUCUCAGACGGGUUUGCGGUCUACGUGGCCAUCGGCUGUUCCGGCGGCCUCAUGCUCGCCGCCCUGCUGAUGUUCAUGUGGUACUGCAUGUGUAAGAAGCUACCCUCUCCCUUCUGGCUGCCUCUCCCCACACUUCCUAACUCCCUCUCCACCCAGCCCCUCACAGCCAACGGGUACCCCCCCUCCCCUGUCUACGGACCCCCUCAGACCUUCCCUCCACAGGGGUACGUCCCCACUGUGAUGGAUGCCCAGCCCUACGCUCCCUCCCAGGGCUACCCUCAGAGCGUAGCCCCACUGGCCCAGCAGCCUCAGCAGGUCUAUAUGUCCCAGAUGUCAGCCCCGGAUGGGUAUGGGUCAGAGGUGGGGCACAACCAGGCCUACAGCUAUGCCCCGUCCCAGAGUUAUGCCCCCUCUCAGGUGGGCUAUGCCCCCAGCUACAUAGGCCACCGCUACUCCACACGCUCACGCAUGUCUGGCAUAGAGAUAGACAUCCCUGUUCUAACACAAGGCCUCUGAGGGAGGGAGGGCUGCUGCAAGAACACUGAGUCAUGGUUCCAUUUAGCUGUCCUGUCUCCUGUAAAGGGUGUGUACUGUCAGUGAAGGAUAUGACUGUUGGUCAGUCUGCACUAGAAAUACAACUGUGCGUCACUCAACCAAGCACUGCACUGUUAGACACAGUUUAGUAUGCAGGCUCCACAUCUGGUGAAAGGACACCAGAGAUCCCCCAUAAUGAAGUCUGAAUUCACUGUUAUAUUUUGAUAGAAAAUAUUGUUUUCUAAUUGCACCUAUUUGUACAUCUAAUGUAAAUCUGCUUGAAACCUCAUAGCAUUUCUACACUGUGUAUAUUGUGUUCACUAAUAUUUCAACUGCUAAGAAAUGAACUAAACUGUACUUUAACUGUGAGGUAACUUGUGGUAGUGAGGUAAAAGGGAGUGACACUAACUGGCUGUGAUGUCUUUGUUGUGCCUGUUUAUUAUUGGUCUGUUAAGAAAUACUACUGCUGUGCCUUGUUCAGAACAGCCAUAUAACAUUGCUUAGUUAUUCUGUUUUUGUAUUAAUACUGUAAUAUGUUACUGUUUCUUUUGUUCUGCUAGUUUUCUACACGUGCUGUUUUUGGGCAUUGGAGAUAUUAUAAUGCUGUAACAUGUGAGAUGACAUGGGAAUGUCUUAAUGACCCAUCAACAGUACAGUAGUGGCUCUAAGGCCAUGACUUUUUAUAUGUACACAUAAAUUAGAUCAUUUUGUCUCUAAUUCAUAUAUCAUGAUGCCACCGUACAUCAAAUGUAUAAAGCCCUUUUUACAUCGGCAGAUGUCACAAAGUGCAAUAUCAUGAAGGUAGUUGUUGACCUGUCUCCUUGUUAAGGUGCCUGGGAGAUAUGAUUGAACCAGAACACAUACUGCUCCGUCUGCUACUCAGACCAAAGGAACGUCAAAAUGAACAUCUUAUUUUAGCUCCGGAACACUGCCAUCUGUCGCCUGUCAAAUUGUAAGUCUACACUGAGCUCCUGAGUGGCGGAGCAUCUCAGUGCUAGAGGUGUCACUACAGACCCUGGUUUGAUUCCAGGCUGUAUUGCCAUGAUUGGGAGUCCCAUAGGGCGCCGCACAAUUGGCCCAGCAUUUUCCGGGGUAGGCCGUUAACUGACUUGCCUAGUUAAAUAAACUGUCAUUAAUUUCACAUGAAGGGGAGGGGGGGGUUCACUACACGGUAACAUCACAUUCCAUUGGCUGUGCUGGUUCUAAAAUGGUAGAACACUGACAAUGCACUGGGCCUCUUAUGAUUCUACGAUUUCUGUUGCAUUCUAUCCCUAAACACUAGUUUUGACCAAACUGUCCUCUAACUCGUGUGUUGAUUUAAUCUUUAAUACCCUUUAUCAGCCGUAACGUCUCUGACAUGCUCUCUCUGUUGCAGUGCUGCAUGUACAGUCUAAUGUUCUUAUCUCUAUGGAAAAUGUCUUUGUUCACCAGACCUUUUUCUCAAUAAAAUUUGUAUCUAAUUAAA